GUGGCUCGAUCCCGGCUCUGCUAUGGAGGUGCUGCGGGCGGCGGGACGCGCCGUUCUGCGGAGCCCGCACCUCGCCCGGCACGGCCUGGGUCUCCGCCGGCGGCGCAAGCUUCCUGAGAGCUGGGCUGAUAUGCAGGAGCCACUGCUUGAAGGGAUGUGCUUCACCCUUAAGUAUCUGGGCAUGACACUGGUAGAAAAACCAAAAGGAGAAGACAUGGCUGCUGCCGCCAUCCGCAGGAUCGUGGCCACGGCAAGGGCAGGAGCACGCAAGUUUCAGAAGGUGAUUCUGACAGUAUCUCCGAGGGGCAUCUCGCUGCAGGAUGCAGACACAAAGGAAAUGGUGGAGAACAUCUCCAUCUACAGGAUCUCCUAUUGCACAACAGACAAGCUGCAGAACAAAGUCUUUGCUUACGUUGCCCAGAGCCAGGAGAGCGGGGCACUGGAGUGCCAUGCCUUCCUCUCACCCAAGAAGAAGAUUGCCCAGGCUGUGACUCUGACUGUGGCCCAGGCCUUUCAGAUGGCACUGGAUCUCUGGGAAGCAACACAUGCCGGCUCUAGGCAGGAUCAGCCCUUUCACCCUUUAUGUGUCUUGGAGAGCAGUGGGCCCGGCAGAUCCCRUGAGCCAGCCCCUCCAGGGAGCACUCCCUUCAGACACCAGUUUGGGGAGGAGGAGGAGGAGGAGGAGGAGGAAGAUGAUAAUGUCAGUGAAACCUUGUCUGGAAUUAACACCUCUUGUGCCCCAGUCGAGCUCUCCUACAGCACAGCUACUGUGCUACGGCCUGGGGCAGCCCCCGGACAGCUGGACAGAGCAGGGGGGGGUUGGAGACCUCCYCACCACAGGCCCCAGGAUUGCUGGCCCCAAGACUCCCCUGGGCUAAGCCAAAUCUCUGCAACAACGGAUCAGCCACUCAGGAUUCACCCUGUGCCUGCACCAGGGUCAGCCAGUGCCUGCCCUGCCCUGGCACUGCCCUCUCGAACAGGGCUGCUGGCACUGCUGCCAUGGAGUGCAGAGGCUGCAACACCAGCUCCUUGUCCUGUGCCGUCUGCAUGAACUGCCUCGAGCUGCACCUGCUCCCAGCUUGGGCUGGGGACCCAUGCUCCUCCCAGGCCAUGGGACCCAUGCUUGUCCCCCUGCUCAGGCCAUGGGACCCAUGCUCCUCCCUGUGCUCAGGCCAUGGGACCCAUGCUCCUCCCUCUCCUCAGGCCAUGGGACCCAUGCUCCCUCCCAGGCCAUGGGACCCCUGCUCCUCCCUCUCCUCAGGCCAUGGGACCCCUGCUCCUCCCCCUCCUCAGGCCAUGGGACCCAUGCUCCUCCCUGUGCUCAGGCCAUGGGACCCAUGCUCCUCCCUCUCCUCAGGCCAUGGGACCCAUGCUCCCUCCCAGGCCAUGGGACCCCUGCUCCUCCCUCUCCUCAGGCCAUGGGACCCAUGCUCCCUCCCAGGCCAGGCAGGACCACCCUGAGUGCUCUGAGCCUGCCCAAGGCAGCCAGUGUACAUCCUCAGGGAGCAAUAGCUUCUUGGCCUGGAGCAGUAUAUGAUGAAGGCCUUGCCCUGCAGUUCAGCCCUCUACCCUCUCACGAGUGAAAUGAGCUGGUUUUUAAAGGAAAGCUCUGCCUUUAUAGAGAAAUAAACUGAGGUUUUUUACUGUUCUCAUUUGGGUUGAGUGCUGGAUAGGUGCCAUGCAUCAACACGCAAGGUACUGUGUCUGUUCCACUGCCUGUGGUGAGGAUUGCUGUUCCCUGAGCUCAUGGAGCCUGGAACUCGCACAUCUUCCUUGGCUGUGAGUCCCGAGGGAGCUAUUCCUCCUGUGCUGAGGGCUGCCAGGGCCCAGGGUGCCUUUGUGACCUGGAAGAAGCAGAUUCAGGCUGUACUAUACUGGUGUCUUAAGCAUCAAUGAAUGUGACCCGCUGGGGAUGUGACUGAUGGGAGCUGAUGCUGACCAUGCUGAGGCCAGGGCAGACACAAGCCCUUGUGUGCCAGCAGGUCUCUCUCCCCAGCUUGCCUGCUCUGCUCUGAAGUGUGUCUGCCCUGGUGCACCCCAGCUGUGCUCUACACAGGCAAGCCGUGCACUUGAUUUCCUUCCCCAGACAGAGCAGGGGAGGCUGCAGCCAUCAGGAUGUCUGGUUUCUCUGGCAGUUAACAGCUUAUAGCUGUGUUCUGGCUGAGGCACUUGCUGCUGGGCUCUUGGCACAUCUCCACACAGCUGCCCUCAGGCUGUUGCUGACCGCCCAGCCAAGCACCAAUCCCUGGCUGCAGCUGGGGUGGCAUCUCCCAGCGGAUGUCACAGGCACUGGGGACUCCUGGGUUGUCAUGGGUCAGUCAGGAGCUGUGCAGAGUUUUUUGCACUUAUGGUUUGGCAAUAAAAAAAAAACAAACAAAACACACACAUUUUUUUUCUCAAAAAACUCUCUCAAAAUCAAUAAUAAAAAAACCUACCUACUCUCUCUAAAAUUACUCAUUUUUCUACCUUUCUUUAAACUCAUUUUUCCUCAAUUUUUUUUUUUCUUCAUCAUCUAAAAAUUAAA